GUUAUAUUUCAUGAAAGAUUUUUUUUUAAAAUUGUUAUUUUUAAUAAUUUCUUUUAUCUUUAGUUUUCUUUUUACAAUUAUCUUUCACUUGACAAUAAAAAUGUAAAAAAAAUCUUGUUGUGUUUGUGUAUUUGUGUUUUUAUGUUUUUGGUGCAUAGAUUUUGAGAAUCCUAUGACUAUAUGUGAUAUUUGUAAAGUUGAAUGUUAUGAGUAAAACUAGAGAGAAUUUAUGUCCCAAUAACAAAAGAGUUUAAUAGAAUUACAAAGUCAAUAAAUACUAAACUUUUUGAAUAACAUAGGAUUUCCAUAGAAUUUAAAAGUCCAUAACCCAAUAACAAAAGAUUCUAAUAAGAUUUUAAGAAUUCAUUAACCAAUAACAAUGAAAUCUCUAAAUUUUAAAAUUCCUUCAAAAAUUAACUCCCAAUAACCCCCCUAAGUUACUCCAUUGUGAUUAACAUUAUGAUAACGAACCAGUUAAUGUUCUAAAUUGCGUCUAAUUAGACCCCAUUUAUGUAAAUAUUUUUUUCUUGUUCAUUGAAUUCCAAUAUUUCUACCUAUAUAUCUUGAAUUUUGUAGUAGGAAAAAAAUAUUAUUAUUGUUUGCAUGUGUAUUAAGUUAACAUCUAAAAAAUAAUCCUCAUCCUCUUCUAUAGCGUUGUCUUCGUCUUUGACUCUUUGUCGUUGGAUUUUUCUUUUGGUUUCGGUUUCAUUGCGGUAAUUAAGUCUUUGUUUUUUUUUUUUUGAACUGGUAAUUAAGUCUUUGUUUUUCAACAAUAUUUUUGCAUCUUCAUACGUUUGAAAGGUACUUGCUCAAAAUCUUUAAAACUAGUUCUUCGUCAUAUAGAAAAAUUCUUUCUAGACCAGUAGUGAAAUAGACACCACAUCUUUUUGCAACUUAUCUUCAGAAAACGGAAUACAUUGAGUGGCGUUAUUAAUCACAUCAAAGACUAACCAACCAGUGGCCGAACCAGCUCAAAAGUUUACUGGGGUCAAGAAAAUCAACUCACGAGGUCAAGUUAGUUUUGAGCAAAUGUUACCGGGGUCAAGGAUUCAAUGUUUUUAUAACAACUCAUUAGAUUUUUAAUCAGAAAUACUACAUUUGUUUUAACAAAAAUUCAGGGGGUGAAGUGAGCCCCUUCCGUAAACCGUAAACGUUACCUCCGCCACAGCCACUGGAACCAACAAUAAAAUUGUACUGAUUUAUAUGAAUUUGUUCUCAACUACUCAGUAAAAAACUACCAUACCUUCACAUUAAUUUGUUUUCUUAAUCAAAGUAUGAUUGGACCCAACGGUCGCAUCACAAAGUUCCACUUGCCACUCAUCCAUGUAUAUGCUGUAUUUUAAAACAUUACAAACAAUACCCCCUAACUUUAUAAUAACAGGAAAAUAAAAUGUAGAAUAUAACGGUAUUCCAAUCCAAAUCUUAUACUACCAUAAACACAAAAACACGUGAACUGCCUAAAAUAUAUGAAUACAGCAACGGAUAAAUAAUUUAAACUAAUCACUUAUGUGCAUCGAUCCCAAAAUUUAUGCCAUAUUAUCGAAUCACUCUUUUAGUAUUUCUAUUAACAUCUCUCUCAACCAUAAGAAACGACAAAAAAGAUAUAAAUGACGUUGUUAUACUUAUUACGAGUAUUUUAUUAAAGUCAUUAAGAGAAGUUAGUUAAGCCAUUAUUCUUGCAGCUACAAUCAUUAUUCUUGUAAUAAAAAAAUCACUGUGCAAAGUACGUUUGUCAAAGUCCAAUAGUAUUAUGCAAGAAACUGUUGUGUACAACAUAAAAUAAAAUAAAAGAAAACAAUCUAACCAAAAAAAAAUCUAAUCCAUCCACGCACAAAAGGUCAUAAAGCCACACACACAUCAGUCACACCAGACGUAGCAGCAGAGACCACUGUUACAGAGAGCACUCUGUUCUGACCCCUCUCUCCUCUUUAACAUUUGUCAUAAAAAUCAAAACUUUAAUUAUUUUUAGUUUCUGUAGUUUAAUCAAAAAUCUUGGGCUUUUUAUGGAAAACCCUUUGUCUUAAAGUCUCAUCACUGUGUGCUCUCUCUUCUCUUCCCCAAGUCAUGAAGAAACAACUCCUCCUCUGAAUAAAGCUCUUACCUUUAUCUCUCUAAUGGGUGGCUUAAUCGAUCUGAACGUGACUGAGGAGGAAGACGAAACGCUCUCUUCGGCUUCUGGGUCUCUCUCUACUUCCAAUUCGUCUUCCUCAGCGUUUGUAGCCAAUGGUUCUUCGUCUUCUUCGAGCUCGUCUGGUGUUUGUUUGGAGCUGUGGCACGCUUGCGCUGGACCCCUCAUCUCUCUCCCCAAAAGAGGAAGCCUUGUUUUGUACUUCCCUCAGGGACAUUUGGAACAACAAGCCCCCGGUUUCUCCGCCGCGAUUUACGGGCUGCCUCCCCACGUGUUCUGUCGUAUUCUCGAUGUUAAGCUUCACGCAGAGACAGAUACUGAUGAAGUGUAUGCUCAAGUCUCUCUUCUUCCUGAGUCUGAGGACAUUGAGAGGAAAUUGCGUGAGGGAGUUAUAGAUGUUGUUGAUGGUGGAGAUCAGGAAGAUUAUGAAGUGGUUAAGAGGUCUAAUACUCCUCACAUGUUUUGCAAAACCCUCACUGCUUCUGAUACAAGCACUCAUGGAGGCUUCUCUGUUCCUCGCCGUGCUGCUGAGGAUUGCUUCCCUCCUCUGGACUAUAGCAAGCCACGGCCAUCUCAGGAGCUUCUUGCCAGGGAUCUUCAUGGCCUUGAGUGGCGUUUUCGCCACAUUUAUCGAGGGCAACCUAGGAGGCAUUUGCUGACUACAGGGUGGAGUGGGUUUGUGAACAAGAAGAAGCUUGUCUCUGGAGAUGCUGUCCUUUUCCUCAGAGGUGAUGAUGGCAAACUGCGUUUGGGAGUUAGAAGAGCUUCUCAAUUUGAAGGCGCUUCUGCUUUCUCAGCUCAGUAUAAUCAAAAUACGAAUCACAACAAUUUCUCUGAAGUAGCUCAUGCCAUAUCUACCAACAGCGCUUUCAACAUUUACUACAACCCCAAGGCAAGCUGGUCAAACUUCAUAGUACCUGCAAAGAAGUUCUUGAAGAUUGUUGACUAUCCAUUUUGUAUCGGUAUGAGAUUCAAAGCCAGGGUUGAGUCUGAAGAUGCCUCUGAGAGAAGAUCCCUUGGGAUUAUAACUGGAAUCAGCGACUUGGAUCCUAUCAGGUGGCCUGGUUCUAAAUGGAGAUGCCUUAUAGUAAGGUGGGACGACAAUGAGGCAAACAGGCAUCAACAGCGCGUCUCGCCAUGGGAGAUUGAACCGUCUGGUUCAAUCUCCAGUUCAGGCAGCUUCAUGACAACAGGUCCUAAGAGAAGCAGGAUUGGCUUUCCUGACAUUCCUGUCUCUGCUUCAGAGGGGAUCCACGCCACAGACUUUGAGGAAUCUCUAAGAUUCCAGAGGGUCUUGCAAGGUCAAGAAAAAUUUCCGGGUUUCAUCAACACCUCUUCGGAUGGUGGUGCCGGGGCCAGGAGAGGCCGGUUCAAAGGAACGGAGUUCGGUGACUCUUAUGGGUUCCAUAAGGUCUUGCAAGGUCAAGAAACAGUUCCCGCCUACUCAAUGACCGCUCAUCAGCAGCACGGGUUGAGCCAGGGGAACUUUAGUAGCCGUUUCCUACCGCCAUCUUUAGUCCACGUCUCAUCAUCACCGUCUUCCGUCUUGAUAACCAACUCGAACCGUCCCAAUGGGCGUCUGGAAGAACACCAGGGAGGUUCUGGCAGCAGGUGCAGGCUGUUUGGUUUCCCACUGAGGGAUGAGUCCACUGCGAUGGUUGUGCCUUGUGUUGAAGGGCAAAAAGGUGUUUCUGGUGUUCAAAGCAAUCAUCAUUCACAGGGAAGGGGCAUUUAUGGCAUGAGAGAUAUGUUGCUAGACAUUGCUCUCUAGUGGUGUACUUUGGUUUAUGUGUGUUUGUUUUCUUGCGGCUUAAGUAAGUGUGUAUUUUUUAGUUGGUUUUAUUUUGAAGAUGACUUGGUAGCUAAAUUUCGGAUGUCACAGGUUGAUGACUUUUGUAAACUUUGUAGCUUCCUUGCAAGAAUGGUUUUUAGGUUGAAGUUUUUCUUGAAAAGUAUUUUCUUUAAUUGACGUUUCUGGUUCGGUGUUUAUAGUGUUUACUUUUUCCC